CGUAAAUAAAGUACCGGAAGUUGCUAGUAGUGACGUCACCAACAUGAGCUGACCACUAGCUGUGGGGAUGGACCAAACCGAUGCCGAGAGGCAACACCGGAGACGGAGGGCUCUUAUAUACAUCCCCUCCCCUGAUGAGUGUGCUCUUACAGCCCCUGUCAGGCAGGAAGCAGAGCUCGGGCCACAGACAGCUACACCUGGUUUAGAUCAAGCUAUGUGUUGGGAGCAGAAAAGACGGAUAGAGCAUUUGGUGGCUUCCCCACUAGAGAGAGAGCACAGGAAGAUAUUGUCUGUGGAGCUCACUGAUGUCUCUAAGGAGGUGAAGGAACUGCAACUGAGGUCACUGCAGAGUGAAAGGACACCUACAUAUGAGGACUUGAGUCUGGGGAUGAUGUCCUGUUGCUCAGGUGUCUCUGCUCAAUGCCCGUCUGAUGCCCAAUAUUCUACCUCCAUUCCCUUCUCUCCAUCCACUUCCCUAGACACUUCUUCAAUUGACUCCCCAUUACCUUCACCUCGCAUCUCUUCUCUUCCUUCCCCACCACUCCGUUCCACCAUCCCAUCAUCUCCUCUUCAUCAUCUCUCUUCUUGCUCCCCACUCUCUCCCCAUUCUACUCAUUGCACAAAUAUAAACAGUUGGAGUCUGAUUCCGCUCUUUCACUCUGUGCGCUCUAAACUGGAGAGUUUUGCUGAAAUCUUCCUUACACCAAUUAAAGGAAGCAAGCACCCUGGAGGUAAUCUUGUUAGGGGGACAUACGAUGAAGUGCGUACAGAAUGUCCAGAAAAUGUCCAGGGAACAGAAGCAGGUCCAGAGGGACAAGUCAUGGAACAACCUCCAGAGACAUUAGAAGUAUCAGCUGGCAGUUCCCUCAGUGUCCCCUCAGAAUCCAUGCCGCUACUAGAGGAUGGAGGGUGCAUGGGUGAGGGGCAGCAGAAUGCUGUGUGGCAAGGCACCGGCAUGUGUGUUAAGCCUGACAUGAACAUUCAGCUAAAAGUCGCAGUUUCCAGUCCUUCACCAACACUGUGCCGUCCUCCACUUCAGCGGUGCCUUUCCUGCCCAUCAGUGCCCUUCGUCCAUACUUUGCCUUUUCGCUGUACAGAGAAACGCCGUCCAAGGAGGCACAGUCUUGGCACAGUGGAGGAAAGUGAACUUGUUCAUGCUGCUUUCCCCCUAACAUGUCUAAAAAAGGAAAAAUACCCACACCGUAUGUGUAGUGUGGGGAGCCCUUGGCUACGCCAGAACCCACAGCUUGGUAAUGUUAUAAGCCCUCGGACACCCCGUAGUGUGGGCAGCCCUGGGAGGUGCCAUCAUUUAAAUAUAUGUAAUAUUGGCAGCCCAGUGACAUACUUAUCCCCACAGCAGGACCAUAAUCAGAGAUCGAAUGAAGGAUGCAACACGGAACAGCCUUUUAUGUCCGAUUCAGAUUUUAAGGAGUCUGGUAACUGUAAACGCCCCAUGGCUGGGAAAGUCUCCAACUUCCAAAUACGAAAAAGACCCUCAAGACCUGAAUGCAAUCUGACUCCACUGGGCCUCCCAAAGCGUGUGCGGUUACAGAAGGAAGAAUUUAGCUUGGAGGAGAUCUACACCAACAAGAAUUACCGAACUCCUACUGAGAAGAGAACAUUUGAGACAAUAUUUGAGGAGCCAGUUUUGAAGGGUGGAUCCCUUGUCCUUACCAGUCAGCGCCCAUUGAGAAGAUUGAUUGUUUUUAGAGACGGCAGUGCUCCUCCUCGGCGGCGCAAGAAGAAGAAGAAAGGCGUAGGAAGGAGCCGUAAGAAGGAUGUCAAGGCAGUAGAGGAAAAUACUGAUCUAGAUAUGUUACUGAAACAGAAACUCAGCCAACUUGAGGCAGCACUGCAGGGUGAGGAAGGGCAGAGAGUGUAUAUAGACUUGUGAGCCUCGCUCCGUCUCCUCUAGCAUCUUUUUCUCAUUCACACCCUGAGAUUCUAGGCCCAACAUGAACAAAAACUCAUGGGGCUGAUAGAGCAGCUAUCUUAUGAUAGUUUUAAUUUAACUUUUUUCCCCCUUGGUGUUCUUUGUUGAAACGUUCAGGAGCAGCAAUGCCCUUCUUGGGAUUAGUGGAUAUACAGGUAUGCCUCUCUUCAUUGGCUCACCUGCCAAGAGUGCAUUGCUGCUCUGGGUCUGAUUUAACCUUGUGUUUAACCAUCUGAGCUUUACUAUUGCUCUUUUGCUUGUAUAUAUCUAACUCAUUACUGGGUUUCCGUCUUCCUCCAUUUUGACCCUAUAAUUUAAAGAAACAUCAGUAUACACUUUCUGUUCCACCCCACAUCAGGGGAACUUAUCUGCUCAGGCAAAAGGGUAUUCAGACAUGGCAGCAAAUCCCUGAAUCAUUCUAUUUAGUAUAGAUCCAUUGUCCUGGGUGUGUUUAACCUUAUCAUGGCUCUUACCAAAUGUUUGCAAACUCAAUUAAAAGAACAGGCUAGACAUGAUAUAAACUAAUACAAUGACUCGCAGAAGACCUGGAAUCCAUACUAAGCACAUGAACACAUCAAGCUCACCAGACAAACCAAUGACUUGCAGAAGACCUGGAAUCCAUACUAAGUACAUGAACACAUCAAGCUCACCAGACAAACCAUUGACUUGCAGAAGACCUGGAAUCCAUACUAAGUACAUGAACACAUCAAGCUCACCAGACAAACCAAUGACUUGCAGAAGACCUGGAAUCCAUACUAAGCACAUGAACACAUGAAGCUCACCAGACAAGCCAAUGACAUGCAGAAGACCUGGAAUCCAUACUAAAUACAUGAACACAUCAAGCUCACCAGACAAACCAAUGACUUGCAGAAGACCUGGAAUCCAUACUAAGCACAUGAACACAUCAAGCUCACCAGACACGUUCUACUGCUGAUUGGUUCUGCCUUAAAGGGACAUUAAACCCAAAUAUUUUUUUUCAUGAUUUAGAAAGAGUAUGCAAUUUUAAACAACUUUCUAAUUUACUUCUAUUAUCUAGUUUGCUUCAUUCUCUUGAUAUCCUAUGCUUAAAAGCAUAUCUAGUUAAGCUUAGAAGCUGCUGAGUGGAGCCUGCACAUAUAUACCUUGUGGGAUUAGCUCACCUAUGUGCACUGCUGUUUCUUCAACAAAGGAUAUCUAAAGAAUGAAGCAAAUAAGAUGAUAGAAAUAAAUUGGAAUAUUGUUUAAAAUAGUAUUCUCUAUCUGAGUCAUGAAAGAAAAAAUGUGGGUUUUUUAAUGUCCCUUUAAAGCUCACAUUCCACAAUUCUUAAGCUAACCAGGAAACACCAAAGUUCAUGUCCAGACCCAGCAAGUAACUCUGGCAGAAUACAGUAGUUUGUCAUCCCAUCUGUCCGUCCAUCUCAUUAAUACACGUCUGGUUGCCUUCAUUCUGCUAGUCACCAAGCCUUAAGCUAUCUUCUGUAACUAGAGAAACAAAAGGGUAGUGCACUGCCUGGACUGAAAAUACUAAAACUACAAACCAAUGUAAUGUAUUAUAUUGUGACUAAAAUCACUCCACUGAAAAUAUGUUUUAAAUAUAUUAAUAAAUCUGAAAUGUUUAUAUCCUUUAAAAUGAGUGAAAUGAUAUAGAAAUAAAAACAGAUAACCAUGCAAUUAAAAGCAGGAACAAACAAA